GCCCGUGGGGUUGCAGCAGUCGGCGGCAAAACUGCUCCGGGCAGCAACGGCGGCAUGUGUGAGGGCCCGUCCCGCAUCUCGGGGCCUAUACCCCCAGACCCUACGGUCUGCCCUGACUACUACCGGCGGCCGGCCUCUGCCCAAGGACGCCUUGAGGGAAAUGCGCUGAAGCUGGACCUGCUGACUUCGGACCUCGACUUGGACGCCACCCCUUCGCGUGGCCCCCGCAUAGGUCCUGGAGCCAGAGAGAUCCUGGAGCGAGGCCGGCGUGGCGUCGGGGGAGUGCUGUUGCAACUCGGGGGCAUCUCCCUAGGCCCAGGGGCCUCUCCCAAGAGGAAGGACCCUAAAGACCAUGAGAAGGAGAACCUGAAGCGGAUCAGGGAGAUCCAGAGGCGCUUCCAGGAGCAGGAGCGCAGCCGGGAGCAGGGACAGCCCAGGCCCCUGAAGGCUCUGUGGCACUCGCCCAAAUAUGACAGAGUGGAGUCCCGGGUCAAGGCCCAGCUACAGGAGCCCAGCGCUGCCUCUGGAACAGAGCCUGCCCACUUCCUACGGGCACACUCCCGCUGCGGCCCUGGGCUCCCACCACCCCGUGUCCCCAGUCCUCAGCUAACCCCACCAGGCCCCAGUGCUAAGGGGCCAGGCCUGGGUGUGGACUUCAUUAGCCACAAUGCCCGCACUGCCAAGAGGGCCCCCCGGAGGCAUUCCCGCUCACUGCAGGUCCUGGCACAAGUGCUGGAGCAGCAGCGGCAAGCCCAGGAGCACUACAACACCACGCAGAAGGGCCAUGUGCCUCAUUACUUGUUGGAACGCAGGGAUCUGUGGCGGCGGGAGGCCGAGGCCCGCCAGCAGAGCCAGCCGGACCCUGCCAUGCCCCCAGGCCACACUUGCAUGCCUGAGAAUCAGCGGCUGGAGACCCUGAGCAAUCUGCUCCAGAGCCAGAGCCAGUUGCUACGUGAGCUGGUGCUGCUGCCUGCCGGGGCAGAUUCACUCAGGGCCCAGGGCCACCGUGCGGAGCUGGACCGGAAGCUGGUGCAGGUAGAGGAAGCCAUCAAGAUCUUUUCCCGCCCCAAGGUCUUCGUGAAGAUGGAUGCCUGAGCCCUUUU